ACGUCACGAGCGUAGCUCGCGUGCGCGAAUAUGGCGGUUCCUACGACGACGAACGACUCCGAGAAAAGUGCUAAAAGUUAUGAAGUAAAAUAAAGACAUGACGGGAAUCAACAUUUAAAGUCUGCGGAAGAAUCCAGCGGAUGUUCGGUGAGGAAACGAUCCCGACAGAGACACGUACAGACUGCGCGGAGAGAGUUUACAGUCGCCUCAGAGACACGCGGAAGUGACGAGACUUUAACAAACUCCAGCUAAACACUGAUCAAAGUCACUCAAACGGAGAGAUACUUCAGGAUUAAAGUGUCUGAGGGGGAGUUCAGACAACCAGUAAACACUAUUUCACACCGACUGUUAAACCUGACUUGUGUUUAACUACCCCAACUUUCAUCUAAAGGUGUUUUUUUCUCGAGGAACAACGUUAUUUACGUCAGUGACGUCGAUUAUUUACUCAUUUACAGAUGUGUAAGAAUAACCUUUGACUGACACUAACAGUCACUACCAAAGAUACACUUGUUUUUCUUUUAUUAAACCGUGAGACCUUUCAAGUGAUUAAUAAUAAUGAUUGACUACGGUUUAAUGCACAUCAAGAUAUUUAUCAUAAUUAUCGACAUGAUGAUGAUGAUGAUGAUGAUGAUGAUGAUGUGCCCGGAGCUCGUGACGUCACCGUGAUUGACAGCUCCGGCUUGAGCUCGCGCUGGAGAGAUCUCAUGCACUGACUCUGAUUCUGAAGAUGGAUGUGUCUGUUCUUCACCUCACAGUGCACUGAGAACACACACUGCUCUUUCACUUCUGUGUACUUUAAGCUUUCAAAGCUGUGAUCUGAAGACAGCCGUCAAGCCGUCGAUGCAUGACCCUCACAGAAGAGCAGACCGGACCGUGGUCAGUAACGUCCCGUGAGCUCUUAUGGGGCAGCAGCCUGGGAAGCUAGUCGGGGACCAGAGGAGACCGAGUCUGCCGGCGCUGCCCUUCAUCAAGGGAGCAGGGAGAAGAGAGACGUCUAGACAGGGAGCGCAGCACUGCAAUGUGUUCACCGUCCAUGAAGCGCUCCAGCGGCCGGAUUUCGAGGCCGGUCUGUCCGAGGCGGCGCGCUGGAACUCCAAAGAGAAUCUGCUGGCGGGACCCAGCGAAAACGACCCCAAUCUGUUUGUAGCGCUGUAUGACUUCGUCGCGAGCGGAGAUAACACUCUCAGCAUCACCAAAGGAGAGAAGCUGAGGGUUCUGGGAUACAAUCACAAUGGCGAGUGGUGCGAGGCGCAGACCAAGAACGGCCAGGGCUGGGUUCCCAGUAACUACAUCACACCGGUCAACAGCCUGGAGAAGCACAGCUGGUACCACGGACCUGUGUCCCGAAACGCUGCGGAGUACCUGCUGAGCAGCGGCAUCAACGGCAGCUUCCUGGUGCGUGAGAGCGAGAGCAGCCCGGGUCAAAGGUCAAUCUCACUGCGCUACGAGGGACGAGUCUACCACUACCGCAUCAACACGGCCUCCGACGGCAAGCUGUAUGUUUCGUCCGAGAGCCGCUUCAACACACUAGCAGAGCUGGUCCACCAUCACUCCACGGUGUCCGACGGUCUGAUCACCACGCUGCAUUACCCAGCGCCCAAACGCAACAAGCCCACCAUCUACGGCGUCUCGCCCAACUACGACAAAUGGGAGAUGGAGCGCACGGACAUCACCAUGAAACACAAGCUGGGAGGAGGACAGUAUGGAGAGGUGUACGAGGGAGUCUGGAAGAAAUACAGCCUGACCGUGGCCGUCAAAACCCUGAAGGAGGACACAAUGGAAGUGGAGGAGUUUUUAAAAGAAGCUGCGGUCAUGAAAGAGAUCAAACACCCGAACCUGGUGCAGCUGUUAGGUGUCUGCACACGUGAACCUCCGUUUUACAUCAUCACUGAGUUCAUGACCCACGGAAACCUGCUGGAUUACCUGCGAGAGUGUAAUCACGAGGAGGUCAACGCUGUGGUGCUGCUCCACAUGGCCACGCAGAUCUCCUCCGCCAUGGAAUAUCUGGAGAAGAAGAACUUCAUCCACAGGGAUCUGGCUGCCCGUAACUGCUUAGUUGGGGAAAACCACUUGGUUAAAGUGGCAGAUUUUGGACUGAGUCGCCUGAUGACUGAAGAAACCUACAUAGCACAUGUAGGAGCCAAGUUUCCCAUUAAAUGGACCGCCCCGGAGAGCCUGGCCUAUAACAAAUUCUCCAUCAAGUCGGACGUGUGGGCGUUUGGAGUCCUGCUUUGGGAAAUCGCCACCUAUGGGAUGUCUCCGUAUCCUGGAAUCGACUUGUCCCAAGUGUACGAGCUGCUAGAGAAAGAUUACCGCAUGGACCGACCCGAGGGAUGCCCAGAGAAAGUCUAUGAGCUCAUGAGGGCCUGCUGGAGGUGGAUCCCUGCGGAGCGGCCUUCUUUUGCUGAAACCCACCAGGCGUUUGAGACCAUGUUUCAAGAGUCCAGUAUCUCCGACGAGGUGGAGAAAGAGUUGGGCAAAAAGAGUAAGAAGCUCACACUGGGUCCGAUUCAGCAGGCUCCAGAACUUCCCACAAAGACGAGGACAUUGCGAAGACAUGCGGACAGCAGGGAUGGCGACAGUCCGGACGCGGCAGACGCCGAAGGAACCGGGCUCCCGAUGCUCCCGAGGCCUGUCCUUGAUAGCAACUUAAACGAAGACGAUCGCCUCAUAGCCAAAGAUAAAGAUAAACUGAACGGAUUCAUUCGGAAUUUAAUCAAGAAGAAGAAGAGAACGGCUCCAGCUCCCCCUAAACGCAGCAGCUCCUUCGGGAAGAUGGAUGGGCAUCUGGAUCGUAGAGGACUGGCUUCCGACUGCAGAGAGGAAUUUAACAACGGCGUUCCCACUAACGACGGCAUCGACUCUUCUAAAUUGGUCGGCUCCAACUGUACAACGGUUGUCGGAGUCACCAAUGGAGGCCUGGUGUAUCCCGGUCAGCUCUUUCCAUCUCAUUCACGGAAAAAGGGCACGACUUCGGCCGGCGGAGGGAAGCUUGCCACAGAAGAAGACCCCAUGUCAAACUCCAAGCGCUUCUUGAGGUCUUCUUCCGCCUCUAGCACGCCUCCAGGCUCCGAGCGCACCGAGUGGAAGUCUGUAACCUUGCCCCGUGAUAUACAGUCGUCUCACUUCGACUCGGGAACCUUCGGAGGAAAGCCAGCGCUGCCUCGCAAGAAAACUGAUUGUGUGUCCCGUGGUGGCACCCUUACUCCACCACCACGCCUUCCCAAGAAAACCGACUCGGAUGCACCAGACGAAGUGUUUAAGGACUCGGAGUCUAGUCCUGGAUCGAGUCCUUUGACUCUGACACCGAAGCUCAGCCGUCGGACAGAAAGCUCUAAAACGAGUGCCUUGCAAGCAGAGCUGUUCAAACCCAGCGUGGGAGACGAAUCCAGAUCUCGAAGGCUCAAGAACUCUUCCGAAGUCCCUGGACAAAGAGACCGGGAGAAGGGGAAGUUCGUCAAACCCAAACCAGCUCCUCCUCUGCCUCCGGUCUCGAGCGGCAAAUCUGGAAAGACUUCGAGGAGUCCCACUUUUGACGUUUCUGCGGACACUAAAGUCAAAGGCUCGUCUGAACACAGCCCUCCAAGUCCCGGUUCCGGAGAACAAGGCAAAGGCGUGAGCUUUUCCCAAGAUAGUGCUAAGAAAGUGCCAAAAAACACCUCAAAAGUGCAGCCGCCAAAGCCGACUUCUGUAUCCCCAAGCGGUCAGCUGCCAGGGAUGGGAACGGGAUCAGCCGUCGGAGAUCCGGGAUCCAGCUUCAUUCCCCUCAUGACGACUCGCCGCUCGCUGAGGAAGACACGGCAGCCGUCGGAGCGGAUCUCUAACUCCUGCAUCACGCUCGAGAUGAUCCUGGAGAGCAGCGAGCUCCUGCGAGCCGCCAUCGGACGUGUUUCGGAGCAGACCGGCACCCAUAGUGCUGUGCUGGAAGCCGGCAAGAAUCUGUCCAAGUAUUGCGCCAGCUACGUGGAGUCCAUCCAGCAGAUGCGCAACAAGUUUGCGUUCCGCGAAGCCAUCAAUAAGCUGGAGAGCAGCCUGCGCGAGCUGCAGAUCUGCCCCGCUGCCACCGGGGGAGCCAACACGCCUCCAGACUUCUCCAAGCUGCUGUCCUCCGUCAGAGAGAUCAGUGACAUCGUCCAGAGGUAGCAGAGAAGAGCAUGGGUGCCACCGCCAUCUUCUGUGUGUCUGGGGCUGCUCUGGUCAUGUGACCCACCUCAGCUCUUCUCAAGCCAAAGAGAGGAACGUUUCGGAGCGGUUCAGUGUCUUCUUACUGAGCUCGAGUGCAGGGGAACCAUUCCUCGAGAGUCUGCUUGGACAUCAUGAGCCCAGGAUCAAGUCUUUCUCUCUAAUCCAGAAAAGGCUUGUUUUCUAGUCUAAAUGUCUACAGAUUCUAGAGUUAAGAUGCUUUACUUGACCGUAAAAUGACUCGAGAUUUGAAGAGUUCUUAUGCAGAAACGUUUUUAAUCAUUUUCAAAAAUCAUUAUUUAUUGACUAGGUUAAAAACCAGCUAACUAACACAAAAAAUUAAAAACAUGAUUUCUUAAAAAUAAAAAGGUUUUUGUAAAUAAACUUUACAUUAUUUCUUGUUUUCUGAAAAAAAAAAUUGUUUUUGCUUUAUAACAAGAUCUACCACUGGGGUGUGAAAAAUAAUGCUGUUUAGCCUUUGAAUUCAGAUUAUUUUUCUUAUACCAUUGGAGAUAUUUUUAAUUGUUUCAAGCAAAUAAAUCUUAAUUUUGAUAGUUAUUUUCAGAAAACAAGAUAAAAUAAGUCUUGACAAAAUAAGACAAAAUCUUAAGUAAAUACAUGCCGAUUAAAGAUAUUUUUUGAUAUUUAUUCCAAAAAACAGCAAAAAUACUAAGGAAGAAAAUAUAUAUAUAUAUAUAUAUAUUUGCAGUGGCUUCUCUGCAUUUUCUCAAGUAUUUGUUGAAAACAGCAUUAUUUCAUGACUGACAGAAAAACACCUCAUGUGCCUCACUCUUCGGGAUCAGAAUAUAUUUUUGAACUACAUUCACGAUCGUAAUAUUGAUAAAGACUGUUUAGUGUAGGUUUCUUCAUGUGUUUGGUCAAGAAAGCUGUCCCUGUGAUGUGAGGAACUUCAGUUUGUAAUCGACUCGUCUGUCGUGUAUUGUGUGAUUGUGACCGUGACGUUUCACCGAUGAUGUGCUCGUAAACUCAUCUUUCCAGACUCCUCAAGGGUUCUGACACGAUCACUACAUAAACACCUUUCUGGAAACACACCGUUGCCUUAAAGAGACUCGCUGAUGAUGGACCCGGAUGGGUGAUGAAACACUACAGUCUCGAGCAGAAGAGAGAUGCGCUGCAUUUCCAAGGUUUUCCCCACAGCACUGACGGAAGUGCUCCGGGAUCACUGUGAACAGAGCUGCUUUAUCCUCAUGAUCUCGUCCUGAUUCGUUCCAGUCUGUUGUGCUUGUGUAUUUGGGAGAAUGCAGUUGUUUCAGUAUUAGUUUGUCUCUUCUGAUGCCUGAGAUCGAGGCCGAACACAAGCUGCCCGUGAUGACCUUUCAUGCUUUCUCUUAUCUCUUGAAAUCAUGCCACUAUUUUUUAAUGUGUAUUCAAGCCUCACACUUUUAUAGAUUAAUUGCUUGUCUUUGUAAAUACACGUCACAUAUUUUCACUCGAUUCUUUCUGUAAACCUUGGUGCAAUUUGUUGCAAAAAUACAAAGCAGUUUUUCUACUUGAACGAGAGUUGUUUCUGUCAGCGUGCUCGUAUCGUCUGCUUGAUACACAGGUGUUCAUUUUCAUUUUAAAUGUGUAUUCAGAAUGAAGCAGAAACGCUGUUCUGUCUAGAGCAUUUAUUUUUCAUCAUUAAAACCACACACACACA